AUGGCUGGACAACAACAGUCUUUCCUACCGGGUUACCCGGCAGCCCACCAGCAGGCGAUGAUUAACCAGUUUGGAGGCGGCCAAAUUGCGCCAGAGUUGAUGGGCCCGCAGCAAAGAGGUAUGUCAUCAGGGAUGAUGAAUCCUCAGCAAUUUGGAGCCGGAAUGGGAGGAAAUGUUGGCUCCAGUCCGAUGGCCCAGCAAGUUAUGACUCAGGAGCGUCAACAAUUAGCACAACAAACUCUUAUGCAGCAACAACUCCAACAGAUGCAACAGCAAAAAAGGCAAUUACAACAGCAGCAACAGACAGCUCUGAUUUCUCAGAACAAUCAGGCUGUUAAUCAAGUUCAGGCACCUCAACCUUCUGUUCCUCAAAUGCAGCCUCAAGUUCCACAACAGCAACAACCACAAUCGCAGCAACCGAGACAGCAAGAAUUUUCUCCAGUUGCUAUAUGCAAAAAGGGCCAAGAAACAGUCCAGAAAAUAACCUUAGCAGUACAGGAACUUUAUCAAAUGCUUAAAAAUAUUCAACCUCCAACUGGGCCUCAUCAAGGAUUUGCUACAGCGGUUGAAAGCAAAAAAUCGGUGAAGAUUGCUUUAACUAAUAUUUGUACGCUUUGUACACACUUGAGAAGGAUAUAUAACUUAUGUAAUGAGAAUAGCCAGCUCCAGGGUAUGGAAUACACCCACAUCGAAAGUUUAAUUCCCUUCAAAGGAGAGUGGGAUAUGAAAUCAGAUGAAAAAAAAACCUCUGAAGUCUAUCGCCAUGUCUGUGAAGAGCGUAAUCAAUUAAUUGAACAAUUAACUAUAAAAAAUCGUCAACUAAAGGAAAUUAUCGAUCAUAUACGAUUGAUAACAUCAGAAAUAAAUAUAAUGCUACAUAUGCGGCGAUCUUAG